CAAUAGCAAAGUUUUGGUAACUGUGGGUUACUGUUUGGUACCCCUAGCAAAUAGCAACAAUGCUAACAAGGCAGAUCAUGCUGUGUUGUUGUUGAAGAAAGAAAGAAAGAAAGAAGCACCGGCACAUCUGUGACUUUAAGAAAAUUAGGACAGCAGGAGCGAAUUUGAGGUAAGCUAACCAUUUUACUACUGUUGUUAUUGUGGUUAACUUGCUAGCUAAAGUUAGCUACUCUAAUUUAGCGCUUGAAUUGACUAUAUGCACUAACAACUUUCACCUCUACUUUCAGUCAGUCGUCUCCAGGGGAAACUUGGACUUUUAAGUCGGAGAGCCUGAAUUCUACAAGCCAUUGAAAGGCACUGCGGUCCUGCCUCACGUGACCCGGCCAACAGUCGAGGAAAGAAGCCUAUAACAGGAUAAAAAGAGGACUCGGGUCGCAGCUGGAUUUGACCUGAAUGGAGCUCUUUUUUUUUGGUCAACUUAUCUGUGUCGGAGCCUCUUUUCCCCUUUUCAACAUCAAGUUUCCACACAGACUGACGCGCGGAGAGAAAGCGCCCGGUACCGCGGAGCAGCACGCACUCACGCACGCCUGAGCGCUCCUCCUGUCCAUAUAUGGUCAUCUACGUCACGCUAAAGUUCCAUCCCCCUAUUUAAUACAGACACACUGGAGUCCCCUAUCCAGCUCCAAUAGAGCAAGUAGAGCUGCUCUUGUGCAACCAACACCGCCACCUCCUCCUCCUCCUUCUCCUCCACCUCCUCCUCUUCUUCUAUUUGAUUCACAGACUUCAAAUUCCCCCACAAGCAGCUCAUCAGCUUCCACAGUGAUCAGAUUAAUAACAACAAUAGUCUGUGUGAGAGUGUGUGUGAUCACACAGGAGGAGACUACACCGACACCGCCGCCGCCGCCGCUGCUGCUGCUCGCGCGCCGUGGGGAUACCUGGAUUCCUGAUCCACACCUGUGCUUCUUCCACUUUUGGCAUUUUUUGUUUUUCUUUUUUUUUUUUUUUGGGUACGCGUGUAGCUCCUUGGAUAAGCCGCGCGCUGCUGUCUCCUUCAUAAAUGUCGGACUGAACACAAGUGCUAUGACAGGGAAACUAGCGGAGAAGCUCCCUCUUACCAUGAGCAGUUUAAUAAACACGAUCCCUGACAGUCUCUACCCAGAAGAGGACAUCCCGACGUCUAUGAAUAUUUUCACCAGUACGGAAUCUAUAAACCACUAUUCACAGAUGAACACAGAUAACAUCAUGGACCUGGGCAUGGGAGGUGAGAAGGCAGCCUCGGAGAUCCAGUACGGAUCCAGCUUCCAGUCCAACCGCAGCGGGCAGACCGUGACCUAUCUGGGGAAGUUCGCCUUCGACACGCCUCCGUCAGGUGGCAUCGGCGGCUCCGGCUGGUGCUCUGACAACAACAUCAUCAGUCUCGUCAGCGCCGGGAUCCUGGGCGUCUCUCCGUCACCUGGCACGGUGACGACGCAGACGCCGUCCUCCGCCGGGAACAUGGGCGGACAGACGUCAGACAUGGAGCAGGUCUACGGUCCGCCGCUGCCUGCCUACUCCACCUGCAGCGACCUCUACCAGGAUCAGGUCUCCUUCCACCACAGUCCCGCCACCAGCACGUCUCUCGCCUACCCCGGCAAUGACUAUCACUCCACGUCCAAAGCCUCCAUGGAUGGCAGCCUUUUCUCCAUGAUCCCAGAUUACAACCUUUUCCACCAUCAAGGGGACGUCGGCGUCAUGGAGCACAAGCCCUUCCAGACCAUGGACCCAAUCCGAGUCAACCCUCCGCCCAUCACGCCCCUGGAGACCAUCAGAGCGUUCAAGGACAAGCAGCAGAUUCACCCAGGUUUCAUGGGCGGGCAGCAACACCCUCCACAGCACCACCCGCCGCCACAGACUCUCACCCUCAAACCCAUCCGGCCUCGGAAGUACCCCAACCGUCCCAGCAAAACCCCCGUCCACGAGCGCCCGCACGCCUGUCCGGCGGAGAACUGCGACCGGCGUUUCUCGAGGUCGGACGAGUUGACGCGUCACCUGCGCAUCCACACGGGCCACAAGCCCUUCCAGUGCCGAAUAUGCAUGCGCUCCUUCAGCCGGAGCGACCACCUGACCACGCACAUCCGCACGCACACGGGCGAGAAGCCCUUCUCCUGCGAGUUCUGUGGACGCAAGUUCGCCCGCAGCGACGAGCGGAAGAGACACGCAAAGGUCCACCUGAAACAGAAGGACAAGAAGCCAGCGGACAAGAGCAGCGGGGCGGCGGGGAGCCACAGCUCGCCCCCCAGCUCCUGUGGGGGUCCGACCGUGGGGACAUCAUGACUGGACCCUCACCACGCCCCACGUAGAGACACUUUUGAAGAAGGGACCACGUCCACUAUGAGAUAAAUAGGUGACUUUCCUCCUCUCUUUUACACCCCCUGCUCCUCUCAGUUGUAUUCCUUCUGUUUUUUAGAUGGAAGCCUUUAGAUUUAUUAAGCGUGGAAAGGCUGCUACGCCCUUCUCUCUUUCAAGCAACUCAGAGCCUCAGCUACUGUAACGCAGUGCCAACAACACAAAGACGGGCACCUUAGCACAUUCUGCCCACAAACAGGCCACUGUGUGUGUGUGUGUGUGUGUGAGAGAGAGAGCGCGAGUGUGAGUGUGUGAGUGUGUGUG